AUGGCCUCUUUCCCUACCUCUCACGAUGUCCUCUCAUUUGCUCUGGAUGCUCAAGCCGACUAUGACCCUUCCGAGGCACUCAUUAUCGACGCCCAUGAGCCAAGCCGCGUCCUCAAUGGUGCUCAGCUACGACUGCUCAUCCACACCUUCAUCGCCGGAUUUAAGGCGCAUGGGAUUAAACAGGGUGAUUGCGUCUUGGUCAAUUUGCGGAAUAAUGUGCGUUUCCCCCCCAGUGUUGUCACUUGUCAUUUCACCAGAUCUCACCUCGCUCACUCCAAUAUCCCGCAGGUUCUAUACACCGCCAUCUUCCUCGCCAUCACUGGCGCUGGUGGUGUCUACAUCGGCGCCAGCCCGCACAGCGUCCCCCAUGAGCUAGAUCAUGUUGUUCGACUGGGCCGUCCUGUCCUCAUUCUCACCGAGCCAGAUGCUCUUCCUACCACACUCAGUGUCUCCAAGAAGAACGGCAUCUCGCCCCACCAACUCUUCCUUCUCGACGAAGCAGCCCUCAACGCAACUAUUGCCUUCGCACAGUCGCACAAGCAAUGUUCUCCAGCCUCGGCAUUGACUGACAAUUCAACUACAUCGGCAGAAACAUGCCCCUUCCUCUCCCUCCUCGCUCACGGCUCCGCAAACCCCCUCUGCAUCCCAGAGCUCGAAACCGCCAACUCCACCCCAGCAGCUCUCUACUCAACCAGCGGCACAACGGGACUCCCCAAAGCUGCCGUCUUCUCGCACGGCGCCCUGAUCGCUGGCCAUAUCUCCGCGGCGGCCAACCCCCCACCCUACAAAGUCCGGCGGCUGGUCUGCCUCCCCUUCUAUCAUCUCUUCGCGUCCUUCUGGUCGCACCUCUUCCCCCUGCGCUACGGGAGCCCGCUGUAUAUUGCGCGCGAGUUCCAGCUCCCCAUCUUCCUGGACAUGAUCCGACAACACGGCAUCAGCGACACGCAUGUCGUACCCGCAAUAGUGCACUCCGUGAACCAGGCGCCCGCCUCACUGGACCCCAGAUCCGCGCUCACCUCGCUCCGCUACGUAGGCGUGUCCGGGGCCCCCAUUGACCGCGCCUGCAUGGCGGAUUUCCAGACCCUGCUGCACUCCGAUGCCUGUGCGGGCCAGAUCUGGGGUAUGACGGAGACGGGGCCAGUGUUUCAAAACCGGUACCCCGCUCGCGGGUGUAGAGCGGAGCAAGCUGAUCUGGGUGGUAUUGGGCCAAUUUUGCCGGGAUGGGAGGCUAAGCUUCUGACUUAUGUGGAGGCCGGUUCGGGCGAGAAUGAGGAUCAGCAACCGGCGCAGCAGCAGCCGGUCGAAGUAGUCGAUGCCGCGGGACCACCGGGUCGGUUGUACGUGCGCGGCGCCGGGGGGUGGUUCAGCACGGGAGAUGUGGCAUAUGUCAACAAACGCGGCGAGUACUUCAUUGUUGGCCGGACGAAGGAGUUGAUCAAAGUGCGCGGAGCCUCGGUGUCGCCCGCCGAAAUCGAAGCCGUUCUCCUCAAGCACCCGCUUAUUGCGGAUGCCGCGGUGACGGGGAUCAAGCUUCCGGGGGGGACUGAAGAGGCGCCUCGUGCGUAUGUGGUGCGUUCUGGGGACGCAUCGGGGAAGCUCACUGUGAAUGAGGUGUACGAGUUUGCGCAGCAGCGGCUGGCAUCGUACAAGUCGUUAGAUGGAGGGGUUUGCUUCGUGGAGAGUAUUCCCCGAACAGUGAGCGGGAAGGUGCAGAGAGGCAAGUUGGCGGGCAUGAAUGAACGGAGAGAUGCCCUGGAAGGAUUAUUGAAGAAAAUGAAGGGUGGAGGCUGA